GUAAGAAACACUGCAGUUGCAACUCCGCAGUUUCCUUCAGCCACUGUAUGGAAUCGCUUGUCGACGCACCGCAGAACACGAAACAUCGCCAACAUGAAACAACUGUCGCUUUUGUUGAUGCUGACGACGAUCAUAGCUACAGAAGCACAAGCCAUGAAUAAAUGUCAAGAACUGUUUAAGUCAGUGGAGAACGUAAACACCGCCCGGUACAGGAACUAUUGUAUCGAAAAAUACAACCUUCCCAUGACAGUUCGUGAAGGAGCAAGCGAUAUCGAGUUCAUUCUCCAGUAUCAGAAGCUCAAUGCAGAACAGAAAAAGACGUUAACUUUGUGCGUUUUCCAAAAAGAAGGAUUUCUCACGAGUGACGAACAGUUCAGCCCCACAGCUGUGAAGACGCAAGUGACGGAGGCGCUGCGGCGAAUCGAAAAAUCUCCGGAAAGAGAUGAAGUGACAAAAGCCAUUUCGACAGAUGCGUGCCGUUUACGAGAUGGCGAUCCCGACAUGAUAGAAACCCUCAAGUUCAUGAUAUGCUUGAAGGCAGCAUGUUCGACAGCAGAGACUUCCCAACCUGAUGUGGAAUUACUUCCGGUAUGAGUAUUUUAUGAGAGAUACUGAUGACAGUGUGUGGUAGUUUACUUCUCUUUUAGUAUAUGAUAUUUUUUUUCAUCCAUUGAUUACUUUUGAUUAUUUCAAAUAACAUUCACUACAUUUACUGCAGUUUUCAUUAUCAUGCAUUACCCAAAUAACUGUCAGAUACAUUCACUGAUUCACAACUUCUUGGAAGAUAAAAAAGAAUCGCGUCAGGAGUAUAACUUUCUUAUCAAACCUGAAAUAGUAAAUUUCGUAAUAUAUUAUGAGUAAAAGUAUACCUGGCGACGUAUGGCAGCAUUAUUAUCAACUCACGGCUGGCGCAGUGAAUCAGCAAAAGUUCCCACUCAUAUCAACAUUGGAAACUUUGCUGAUUCACUGUAUCAUCGAUAAUACUUUUGGUAUUUUUUGGCUUUUGCAAGUGUGCUGAUUUCUUCACCUUUACGAUACACAUACUGCAUAUUGCACAAAACCACAAGGUAUUUUUGUUUAAUGGUAAAUAUUCGUAAUACCUUCGCAUAACCGAUUACGACGAUAUUGGUAUCGAUGGAUUCCUCACACCCUGUACUACCUAAAUAGAAAUUGUGCCGCCGUCCGCCAAUACCCACAGUCCUGGAUCCGAUAGCAGGGGAGGGCAUGAAUGGUACCAGGGAUAUUGCAGGGUAAAAUAUAAUUAACAUACAGAGAAUUGAUCAAUAUAUCUUCAAAUGUAGGGGGCUGCUGUCUCCGAACCCCAUCCUGGACAACAAAGAAUCGGCAUGUACGGCAAGACAGAGCGUCGGACUGACUCGGAAUCGAACGUUCACGCAUAUCGAUCGCACGCUCUACCCUGCCAUGGUAGUAGCCCAUCCAGGACGUGGGGUCGCAGGAAGCACAACCCCCCGCAUUAGACAAUAUAGUUACUGAUUCUGUGUAUAUGAAUCAUAUUUUACCCCGUAAUUUCCCUGGUACCUUCCAUUCCCUCGCCUGCUAUCGGGGCCAAGAAUGUGGGGGUUUGGUGGGAAUCCGCGGCAAAUGUCCUACAUACUUUGGUCGGAGAGGGUGAGAGGAAUCCAUCGACACCAAUAUUAUCCUGAUCGGUCAUGCGAAUAUUCACCUUUGAUAAAAGAAACUAGCAUUUUUUUCUUAUUUCACAAUGUAAAACUAUUUUGUGCUAAACCUUAAUAACAGAGGUAUUAUCAUUACCUAUGUCUAGUAUCAUUAUGCAUUUAGAGAGGAUUUUUUAACAUUUAUUCUGUAGUAUGGACACUGUUUUAUGGAAAAUCUUUUGGUAACUAUUAAGAGAAAAUGGGUAUUUUACUGGUAACCCUCUAGAAACAUCCUAUAUAAAUAUAUUGUGCAUCUCUUGUGUAUUUGCCUGAGGUACAAGUGUAAAUAUAAUUGACAUGUACAACUAAAGAAUAAAGGU